AUGAAGCUGCUAGUGGUCUUUCUCCCAUUAUUAGCAUUGUGCUACGGGAUACCGUUUAGCGUUAUCCCUGGGGAUAACAGUCACUAUGUAGAGGGUCAAAGCCGAUUCAUAUGGAUGCCGGAUGGCAAAGGAGUACCACACCUAGUUGACCUAGAUGAACCUGUCAACGAGGAAAUUUUAAGAACCAGAAAUGGAGCUAACAAUCAAUACUGGCUAUACACAAGACGUAAUCCUAAAAACGCACAAAAACUUGUUAACGGUAACGCUGACUCUGUACGUAACUCCAACUACAACCGAAAUCGACCACUGAAAGUGAUCGCCCACGGCUGGAACAAUGAUGGAAACUCGGACGUAAACACACGUUUAACUUCCGCUUUCCUAGAUACACAAGACGUCAACGUAAUUGUCGUUGACUGGCGCGGAUUGGCAAGUUCAAAUUACAUUACAUCUUCGAACGGCGUACCUAGCGUUGGACAGCAUCUUGGCAACUUUUUAGUUUGGCUUAUUAACACUGCUGGUGGUGAUUGGAACAACGUCCAUUUAGUCGGCCACAGUCUAGGUGCUCAUGUUGUGGGUAACGCUGGACGUACCGCCGGAGGCAGACCUAGACGUGUUACCGGUAUGGAUCCGGCUGGUCCUAGAUUUGGUGGUAACUCAAAUGCCUUAAACACCAACUCUGGUCGGUACGUCGAAAGCAUUAAUACCGAUGGUGGACUCCUCGGAAUCAUGGAUCCUAUUGCACAUGCAAACUUUUACCCCAACGGCGGUAGAAAUCCUCAGCCGGGUUGCUGGAUCAGUACCUGCUCUCACAGUCGGUCCUACGAGCUCUUCGACUCCAGUGUACGCACAAACCACUUCGUUGGAAGACGAUGCAACAACCUAAAUGAAGCUGAAAACAACCGAUGCUCUGGUGGUAGUCUGAAUAUGGGAAAUGACAAUAUGUCAAAAUCUGGAUCUGGUCUCUAUGGUCUCACCACUGGCAGCUCCUGGCCUUACUAA